AUGAUCUUACCCACCGUCGCUGCCACUUUGGCAUUAUUCAAUCUCGUUCGAGCUGGUGUCUCCUCCAGCGGUGUGAUGGGUACUAUAUACUACGAUGGAAGUGGAUCUUGCGGCAAGGAAGGUGAUGUAGAUGGAGGAUCAGGUAAUUACUCGCCCGAGAUCGAAGCGCAUGUGGGUGCCUGUGGGUAUAGCGUCGAUCAGAUCGGUGACAAUCGAUUAGUUGCUUUCGACGCGUCGCUAAUGUCUGGUAGCCCUGCUGAAUACUGCGGAAAAGAAAUCCAAGUCACCAAAGCUGAUGGCACGCCCUUUGAAUUUUCGGAAGGUAAAUUGUUCAUUGGUGAUGCUUGUCCAGGGUGUGCAGGUGGUAUGAGACUCGACUUGAGUGCGAAAGCCCUUGUCGAAAUUGUCGGUGAUUGUAAAUCCAACGCCAUGGGAAUCUCCUACCAAGUCCUCGAUACGAUGGCAGGUCCAGAAUACUCGUCGAUCUCUGGUGGUUCACUCGGUGAUGGUACAAAUGGUAACACUUCUACCUCCGCCACUUCCGCCGCAGGUGUUCCAGACGCCGCUGUAUCAUCAGCAUCAUCAUCCGUCCCAGGUGUAUCAGCAACAUCAGUCGCAGGGGUACCAGCUACUGCAGCAGCCGAUACACUAUCAUCCGUUGCAGGUGUACCUACAACUUCUGUCGCGGGCGUAGGAACUUCUGUCCCAGGUGUAGUCUCUUCAGUCCCUGCUGAACCAUCCGUCCCAGACAAUCCUGCAACUCAAACUGUCGCAAAUGCUGCUACAGCCACGGUUCCAGCUGGGGUUUCAUCCUCAUCUUCCGUCGCAGCGGGGGUAACAUCCGAUACUGCCGUACUGGGUGUACCACCCUCACCAUCGGUACCUAUUGGAGUAUCUUCUUCGCCCACCCUCGCCGCGGGGGUAACACCAACAGGUGUCCCAGGAGUAGCUCUCUUCGCUGAAGGGGAUGUUGCGUCCAACGCGUCCUGCAAGAGAAGAAAGCGAAGACUAGGCGAUCGUCACUAA